AAACCUUGCCUUAAAAAUUAUAACCUAAAAUUCCUAAAGAAAUGACAGAGGCUAUCAAAACACAACUGUCAAGAAUUUUAUUGGGUUGAUUAUUCGUGGAUUAUAUCCCAACUGCAGAAACUAAGGAGCACAGAUAAAAAUAAUUUAUACAUAGUACGAAUCAUGUCCUCAACUGACAUUUUGGAAGAGCGAGUAGCUGAACUCGAGAGGAAAGUUUAUGGAACCGUCAACAAUCCCUCGAUAGACGAUCCUCUCCCCGAGAAUUCCGUCAUCGACAAUUUGUUAAAUGCCAAUACGAUGAUAUCAUCGGCGCUUUCUAGUCGAGAGAAAGCGAAUAAUCUCGUCAAACGUCUGUCAGAGCUGAAUGAGCUUUUAAGCACAUCCUUCGACGAAGACUUACAGACGGACGUCAAGUGGCAAAUAAUCGAGACAAUGGAACCAGAAAUCCGUCAGAAUCUAGAACUUAUAGCGAAAGCCACAGAAUUACUUCCAGUUCUGGAAGUCGAUGCUAUAAAAAAUGUACCUGAGUUGACACCAAAACUCGAACACUUGACUCUAGAGUAUCUGAAUGCUUACGAGGAAUCCACUGCUGUCAACCAAACUAUCAAAGAAGUUUUCUCCAAGUACAAUGCAAUCAUCGAUACGAUUUCUAAAACACUUGUGGCUCUUGACAGUGCCAUCACAGCAGCUGAACUCUCCGCAAUUCCCAAGAAACAACUUGAUUAAUUUAUUUUUAUAUAGAUAUAUUUAUUUUAAUUCACUUGUGAUAUAAAAAUACUUGGACAUAAUAUGACUAUUCAAUAUUUCAUAGUUAUCGAUAAUAACAGCAUUUUCCUGGACAGUCACUCGUAUUAUUCAUUCACAGUAAAUAGAGUAAAUGGAAGAUAUAAUCUUACGUUAUUUCAAUCGCUGAUUUUCGAUUUGUUUCUAGACGUUACAGCUUGAAAUAGUCGAAGUACUGAACUAAUUGAGUGACUGCUCAGGUUGAAAUUCUCGUCGAGAUAAAAUUCAAUAACAGUGUAUAUGCUUUUGUUUACUGAAUAAUACCUAUUAUAUACAUA